AUGGCGCCGACACGCUCGCUAGCCCUCCUGGCGCUCUGCGCAGGCCUCAUCCUCGCCGCCCCCCAAUCCGAGACCAAGCACGCCCUCGCCGACGCCCUCUCCCUCGACCAGCUCGACGAGCAGCUCCAGUCGUGCGCCAUUGUGCAGGACCUCAACGCGGCCAAGGCGGCGCAUCACGCCGCCGCCCCGAGCUCCGUGACAGAGAAGCUCUUUGCCGUCCUCUUCCCAGGCUCGCCGGCCGUCAACGCCCUCCUGGCGACGCUGUACAUCUCGGGCCCGCCCAACUUCCUCCUCGCUCUGUGCCCGACCAACAUUGACCCGUCCAGCCUGAGCGUCAUGGUGGCCUUUGCCGUCGGCGGCUUGCUGGGUGACACGCUCUUCCACCUGCUGCCCGAGAUUUUUCUCGGUGAGGACGAGCAGGAGCGCAUCCGGCUCGUGCUCGUCGAGCCGAACCGCAACCUGCUCCUCGGUCUCGGCAUCCUUGUGGGCUUCAUGGUCUUUGUGGCCAUGGACAAGGGCCUGCGCAUCGCCACCGGGGGCGCGGCCCACGACCACUCUCACGGUCACGCACACGAGCACGUCGAGGGCACGAGCUCGGCAUUGGACAAGGCGGACGGCGAGGUCAAGAACAGGAAGAAGGGCGGCAAGGGCAAGGGCAAUGGCAAAAAGGCCAACGCGGUCUCCAAGGAGGUCAACCCCAGCGUGAAACUGGGCGGCUACCUGAACCUCAUCGCCGACUUUACGCACAACAUCACCGACGGCCUCGCCAUGUCGGCCAGCUUCUACGCCAGCCCCACUAUUGGCGCGACGACGACCGUGGCCGUCUUCUUCCACGAGAUCCCGCACGAGGUGGGCGACUUUGCGCUCCUCGUGCAGUCGGGCUUCUCCAAGCGCGCGGCCAUGGGAUCCCAGUUCAUCACGGCCAUUGGCGCCCUGCUCGGCACGCUCAUCGGCAUCGCGGUGCAGGAGAUGGGCGGCGCCGGGGCGGAUGAUGGGGGCGAGGGCAUGCCGCGCACCGCGGGCCUCUGGGGCACGAGCCUGACGUGGGGGGACAUGCUGCUGCCCUUUACGGCGGGCACGUUUCUCUAUGUCGGCACGGUGGCUGUCAUCCCGGAGCUGCUCGAGACGGGCCGGAACAAGGGCGAGGAGCUGCGGAAGACGCUGGUGCAGUUUGCGGCCGUGGCGCUGGGCGCGGGUAUCAUGCUGUACAUCUCAUGGCACGACUAG